AAGCCAUUUAUUAUUGGUGAUGAUUUAAAAAAUAUUGUGGUCAAGAAAGGGCAAGUUAUCAAGUUUGAUAUUAAAUAUGGUGGUGAGCCAGAACCAGAAGUACGUUGGGAACUGGAAGGCAAAGAACUUAAAGAAGACAAAGAAGAAAGGACCACAAUUGACAAAUAUGAAAAGAAUACUGUUCUGACAGUUCGAAGAGUGACUCGUGCUGAUUCUGGUAAACAUAAAUUGAUCCUGACAAACAGUUCAGGUGUUUGUGAGGGUGUUGCAGAUGUUGUUGUGUUAGACAAACCAACAAGGCCUAAUUCACUCAAGGUAGAUGAAGUGAGAGCCAAUCAUGUGAAGGUUAAAUGGCAGAAGCCUGAAGACAAUGGAGGUAGUGAUAUUACUGGAUAUGUUCUUGAGAAGAUGGAUCUUGAUACUGGACGUUGGAUUCCAGCAGGAGAGGUAGGGCCAGAUAAAGACUCCUUCACAUUUGAUGGAUUGACUCCCAAGAAAAAGUACAAAUUCCGAGUAAAAGCUGUUAAUAAAGAAGGGGAAUCGGAACCUUUGGAAACAGAUGAAGCUAUCCUUGCAAGAAAUCCUUAUGAUGAACCUGGCCGUCCUGGUAAACCAGAAAUCUUUGAUUAUGACAAUAAGAGUGUUAGCCUUAGAUGGGCCAAACCAGAAACAGAUGGUGGGCGUCCAAUUACCCAUUAUACCAUUGAAAUGAAAGAUAAAUUUUCUGUGGAAUGGGUUGAAGUGUAUAAAACACCUGAUAAUAAUCCAGAAGGAAAAGUAGAAGACUUAAAAGAAAAAAUGGUUUAUCAAUUUAGAGUGCGUGCUCAUAACAAAGCAGGCUUUGGUGAAGCAAGUGAACCAACAGAUAAUCAUAUCUGCAAACACAAACACAUGAAACCCAGAAUUGAUCGUGCUACAUUUAAGGGUGUGACAAUCAAAGCUGGCCGUACUCAUAAGUGGUCAGUAGAUAUCAGUGGAGAACCACCUCCAGCAAUAUCAUGGGUGUGGCGAGACAACAUUGCUCUUGUAAAUACAGAGAGAAUAAAAAUUGAUAAUAUAGAUUACCAUACAGACUUCCAAAUCAUCAACGCCACGAGAAGAGAUACUGGCAAAUACACUCUGAUUGCAGAAAAUGCAUCAGGAAAAGAUACAGAAACAGUUGAAUUAACAGUAUUAGGAAAACCGAGUAUGCCAAAGGGUCCUUUGCAAGUGACUGAUGUCACAAAAACAAGUGCUAAGGUUAAAUGGGAAAAACCAGAAGAUGAUGGAGGUACACCAAUUCGUGAAUAUGAAGUAGAGAAAAUGGAUUUGGCCACAGGAAAAUGGGUGCGUGUUGGACGUGUUCCUGGAGACCGAGCAAAUCCUGAAAUGGAAAUUACUGGUCUUGAACCUGGAGCAGAGUACAAAUUCCGAGUAACUGCAGUCAAUGAUGAAGGUGAUUCAGAACCACUGGUGGCUGAAAAAUCAAUUGUUGCCAAGAAUCCUUUUGAUGAACCUACUAAGCCAGGAACUCCUGAGAUAACUGAUUAUGACAAUGAAAGUGUUGACUUGAAAUGGACCAAACCAGAGAGUGAUGGAGGUGCCCCUAUUGAGAAAUAUAUUAUUGAAAAGAAAGACAGGUUUAAGCCUGAUUGGGAAAGAGCAAUUGAAGUUCCUGGAAAUGUUCUUGAAGCUAAAGUACCUGAAUUGAAAGAGAGAGCAGAAUAUCAAUUCCGUGUGAUUGCUGUAAACAAAGCUGGACCGUCACCUGCAUCGGAUCCCACUAAAUCACAUCUUGUUAAACACAAAGCAUUGAAACCACGUAUUGAUCGUACAAAUCUUAAACCUAUUGUCAUUCGUGCCGGAAAGAGCGUCAAAUAUGAUGUGAAUGUCCGAGGAGAGCCUCCUCCAGAGAUUACUUGGCAGUUACAAGAUAAGGAGGUCAAAUCAGAAGGAAAUUAUGAGAUUAUCAAUGUCGACUACAACACAAAAUUCUCACUCAACGAUGCUAUUAGGAAGAAUUCAGGUCUUUAUAAAAUUAUCGCUGUGAAUCAGCAUGGAAGAGAUGAAGCAGAAGUUGAAAUCACUGUUUUAUCUGCUCCUUCAAAACCAAAGGGUCCUUUGAAGGUCUCAGAUGUCUCAAAGAAUGGAUGCAAGCUAAAAUGGGAUAAACCUGAAGAUGAUGGUGGAAAGCCUAUCACUGGCUAUGUUGUAGAGAAACUUGAUAAAGAAACUGGCAGAUGGGUUCCUGUUGGACGUACAAAUGAGCCAGAAAUGGAUGUGAAAGGAUUGCAGGAAGGUCAUGAAUAUCAAUUUAGAGUUAAAGCUGUGAAUGAAGAAGGCGAGAGUGAGCCUCUCGAAACUGAACGUGGAACUCUUGCGAAAGAUCCAUUCACUGUUCCUGGCAAACCUGGAACUCCAAAUAUUGAUGAUUGGGAUUCAAAUACUCCUGAAGCUCGUGUUACGGGAUUGAAAGAAGGAAAUCAGUAUCAGUUCCGAGUGAGAGCUGUAAAUAAGGCUGGACCAUCAGAACCUAGUGAACCAACCAAACCACAUAUUGCCAAAGCACGAUUCUUACGACCCAUUAUUAAUCGUGAGAAACUGCAGAAGGUUACUGUUAGAGCUGGUCAAUUCGUCAAAUUUGAUGUUGAUGUCAAGGGUGAACCUCCUCCAACUAUUACAUGGAGCUUUGCUAACAAAGUUCUAGAAAACUCUCCAACAACAAAAAUUGAAAAUGAAGAUUACAACACUAAACUCACUCUCUCUGAUACUACAAGAAAAAAUUCUGGCAUAUACACUAUCAAAGCUGAAAAUGAUUCAGGAAAAGAUGAAGCUACAGUAGAAGUUGUAAUUUUGGACAAGCCAGGCAAACCUGAAGGUCCACUUGAUGUAACCGACGUUCACAAAGAAGGUUGUAAAGUCAAGUGGAAUAAACCUAAAGAUGAUGGAGGCUUACCUCUCACGGGAUAUGUAGUUGAAAAAAUGGAAGCUGGAACCGGUCGCUGGGUGCCAGCUGGUUUUGUUGAUCCUGACAAAACAGAACAAGAAAUAACUGGCUUAGAGCCAAAUAAGAAAUACCACUUCCGUGUUAAAGCAGUUAAUGAGGAAGGAGAGUCAGAGCCCCUUGAAACUGAUAAUGCCAUUUUGGCCAAGAAUCCAUAUGAUCCUCCAUCAGCCCCUGGAUUACCAGAAAUUAUUGAUUGGAGUGAAAAUAUGGUUAAACUCAAAUGGGAACCACCUAUCAGGGAUGGUGGAGCUCCAAUUACUGGUUUUAUAGUAGAAAUGAUGGAUAAAUAUGGAGGUACAUUUGUGAAGGCUGUAGAAGUUGGUCCAACAUGUCAGGCAACAGUACCAAAAUUGGAAGAAGGUAAUCAAUAUCAAUUCCGAGUACGUGCCGUUAACAAGGCUGGACCUGGAGAACCUAGUGAAGCCACUAAUCCACAUACUGCCAAGGCUCGUUUCCUUAAACCUCAAAUUGAUCGUACAAACUUGCAGAAUAUCACUGUCAAAGUCGGUCUUACUGUUACUCUUGAUGUUAACAUAAUUGGAGAACCUCCACCAGCUGUCACCUGGUAUUUCCAAGAUAAGGAACUAAAAACUGAAGACCAAGUUAGAAUAGAUAACAUUGACUACAAUACAAAAUUCUUUAUAAUGAAGGCCAAAAGAGCACAUAGUGGAAAGUAUAAAAUUGUGGCCAAGAAUUCAGUGGGUGAAGAUACAGCUGAAAUUGACAUUACAGUUCUUGGUAAGCCAGGCAAACCUAAAGGACCUUUAGAUGUUUCUGAUGUAACAAAGAAUGGAUGCAAACUUAAAUGGAAGAAGCCAGAAGAUGAUGGUGGAUCUCCUGUAGAAUAUUACGAGAUUGAAAAACUUGAUCCUCUCACUGGACAAUGGAUACCUUGUGGUAAAUCCACAGAGCCUGAAGCAAAUGUUACUGGACUUCAAGAGGGAAAGCCAUAUAAAUUCCGAGUAAAGGCUGUCAAUAAAGAGGGUGAAUCAGAAGAAUUAGAGACUGAAAAACCCAUCAUUGCCAAGAAUCCAUUUGAUGAACCAAGCAAACCAGGCCGUCCUGAACCUACAAACUGGGACAAAGAUUUUGUGGACUUACAGUGGUCUAAACCUAAAAGCGAUGGAGGCGCCCCCAUUGAAAAAUACAUUAUUCAGAAGAGAGACAAAGAAGGUCGGGCCUGGGUGGAUGCUCUUACUGUGCCAGGAGACAGGACAUCUGGGAAAGUAACAAAUGUUGAAGAAGGCCAUGAAUAUGAAUUCAGAGUUAUUGCGGUUAACAAGGCAGGACCAAGUGAGCCAAGUGAUCCAUCGAAAUCAGUCAUUGCUAAACCAAGAUUCUUGGCUCCUCGUAUUGAUCGGAAAAAUCUCCAGAAAAAAAUUAUCCACAGUGGACAGAUGUUGCGUAUUGAAGCUGACGUGCAAGGAGAACCUGCUCCUAAGAUAACAUGGACAUUAAAAGACCAAGUUCUGAAAUCCCAUGAGAGAUUGAAGAUUGAAAAUGAGGAUUAUAAAACCACCUUUAUUCUGCAAAAAGCAAAAAGAACUGAUACAGGAAUUUAUAUAGUUACUGCAAAGAAUGACUCUGGCACCGAUCAAGUGGAAGUGGAUAUAACCGUACUCAGUAAACCAAGCAAACCAAAGGGGCCUUUGAAGGUAUCAGAUGUGACUGCUGAAGGUUGCAAGCUAAAGUGGGAUAAACCUGAAGAUGAUGGUGGAGAACCUGUGGAUCACUAUGUUAUUGAACGUAUGGAUACUGAAACUGGACGAUGGGUACCUGUAGGAACAAGCAAAACUCCAGAAACAGAGGUUACUGGUCUUAAUGAAGGGAAGGAAUAUCAGUUCAGAGUUAAAGCUGUCAAUUCAGAAGGGGAAUCUGAACCCUUAGAAACUGACGUUCCCACAUUGGCAAAGAACCCAUACAGUGAACCAGAUAGGCCUGGAAAGCCUGAAGUCAAGGACUGGAACAGACAUCAAGCAGAUCUUAGAUGGGCUCCUCCAAAAAGUGAUGGUGGUGCCCCAAUUACUUCAUACAUUAUUGAGAAAAAGGAUCAGUAUAGUUCCAAAUGGCAGAAGGCAGUUGAAAUCAUUGGAAACAAAUGCGAAGCUAAAGUGCCAGAUCUUGUAGAAGGGAUGAAAUACCAGUUCAGAGUGCGUGCAGUAAAUAAGGGUGGUCAAAGCAAACCAAGUGAACCAAGUGACACCAUAACUGCUAAGGAUAGAUUUGCUGCUCCUCGUAUUGAUCGAAGCACUCUGAAAGAUAUUACCAUCAAAGCUGGUCAGAAUAUACGCUUUAAUGCAAAAAUCAGUGGUGAACCGCCACCAUCAAAAUCCUGGUUUUUGAACAAAGCUCGUUUAGACUCUAAAGAUGAUAUAGUGAUUGAAAAUGAAGACUAUCGAUCACAACUCAUUAUAUCUAGUGCCACCAGGAAACACAGUGGAGCUUUUGUCAUCAAAGCUGAAAAUAGUUCUGGAAAGGAUGAAGUAACUAUUCAAGUCACUGUUUUGGACAAACCAGGAAAGCCAGAAGGACCAUUAAAAAUAUCUGACAUCCACAAAGAAGGAUGUAAUCUAAAAUGGAACCCUCCUGCAGACGAUGGAGGAUCUCCAAUUGAACAUUAUGUGGUUGAGAAAAUGGAUACUGAAACAGGUCGCUGGGUCCCAGUUGGUCGUUCCAAAGAGCCCAAAAUGGAAGUCACAAACCUACAACCAGGACAGGAGUAUAAAUUCCGCGUCAUGGCAGUAAAUGCUGAAGGAGAAUCCGAACCUCUUGAUGCUGACAAACCAAUUAUUGCCAAAAAUCCAUUUGAUGAGCCUGAUGCUCCGGGUACUCCAGAACCAACUGACUGGGAUAAAGAUCAUGUAGACCUAAGAUGGACUCCACCCGCAAAGGAUGGUGGAUCUCCAAUCACUGGUUAUAUUAUUGAGAAGAAGGAGAAAGGUUCCCCUCGUUGGACAAAGGCUGGUGAAGUUAAAGGAAAUGAAUGUAAAGGUACUGCAGAGAAUCUUGAAGAAGGUGUUCAGUACGAGUUCCGAGUUCGUGCAGUUAAUGCUGCUGGCCCAGGUGCUCCAAGUCAGGCCAGCAAACCCGUCACUGCCAAGCCCAGAAAAUUGGCACCAAAAAUCGACAGGAAAAAUCUUCGCAAUCUUACUGUGCGUGAAGGAGAACCAAUUCUCUUUGAUGUUAAGAUAAUUGGUGAACCACCUCCAGAUGUUACAUGGACCAUGAAUAAUAAGUCAAUUCAAGAAACAAGUCAUCGCAGAAUUGAAAAUGUACCUUACAAUUCAAAAUUUUUCCAUGAUGAACCUGUACGUAAAGACAGUGGUACUUACAAAAUUACUGCUGUCAACAAAUAUGGUUCAGACUCUGCCGAAGUGGAAAUAAUUGUUGUUUCUAAACCUGGAAAGCCAGAAGGUCCUUUAGAUGUUUCUGAUAUACACAAGGAUGGUUGCACUCUGAAAUGGAACAAACCAAAAGAUGAUGGAGGUGAACCAAUUGAAACAUAUCUUGUAGAAAAGUUUGAUCCUGACACUGGAAUCUGGCUACCAGUUGGUCGCUCUAAGGAGCCUCAGAUGGAAGUAACUGGCUUAAUUCCUGGCCAUGAGUAUCAAUUCCGAGUGAAGGCUGUCAACAAGGAAGGAGAAUCAGAGCCUCUUGAGACUUUGUCAUCUAUCAUUGCCAAGGAUCCAUUUACUGUGCCAGCUGCACCAGGAGCUCCUGAACCAGUGGACUGGAGCCAGAAUCAUGUAGAUCUUAUUUGGAAAGAACCUGUCAGUGAUGGUGGUUCUCCAAUUACUGGUUAUAUAAUUGAAAAGAAGGACAAGUACAGCAUGAUGUGGGAAAAAGCCUUGGAAACUGAAACAUCUACCCCUCAGGCUGUGUUGCAUGGACUAAUUGAAGGCAAUGAAUACCAGUUUCGUGUCAUUGCUGUCAACAAAGCUGGUCAAAGUGAACCUAGUGAUGCCAGCAAGAAUUUCAUUGCCAAACCAAGAUUUUUGGCACCCAGAAUCGAUCGACGCAAUUUGCGUGAUGUUACAUUGUCUGUUGGUUCAACACUUAAGUUCGAUGUUAAUAUCACUGGUGAACCUCCACCAUCUGUUGAAUGGCGUUUCGGAAGCAUUCCACUCCGAUCUUCAAAGAGCAUACAAGUGGAUAAUGUAGAUUACAACAGUAAAUUAGUCAUACGACCAGUGCAACGUGGUGACUCUGGAGAAUAUGUCAUUACUGCUUCAAAUUCUUCUGGUAAAGAUUCUGUGACAGUCACUGUGACUGUUACUGACAAGCCAACACCUCCUGAAGGACCAUUACAGAUAUCUGAUGUUCAUAAGGAAGGUUGUAAACUGAAGUGGAAGAGACCAAAAGAUGAUGGUGGCACUCCUAUUGAGUACUAUCAGGUUGAGAAACAAGAUCCAGAAACUGGACUCUGGGUACCAUGUGGACGCUCAACUGAACCAGCUAUGGAAGUAACUGGAUUAACACCAGGGAAAGAAUAUAAAUUCCGAGUUGCUGCAGUGAAUGCUGAAGGUGAAUCAGAACCAUUGGUGGCUGACCAGACUAUUGUUGCCAAGAAUCCAUUUGAUGAACCAGGAAAACCAGGAGAUCUCAAGGCUACUGACUGGGACAAGGAUCAUGUGGAUCUCAAGUGGACUCCACCAAAAGAUGAUGGAGGUUCUCCUAUUACUGGAUACAUUGUAGAGAAGAAGGAUAAAUAUGGUCAAUGGGAAAAAGCUCUUGAAGUUCCUGCUAAUCAGCUUACCGCCACUGUCCCAGAUCUCAUUGAAGGUCAGCCAUAUGAAUUCCGUGUACGAGCAGUGAAUGCUGCAGGUCCUGGAGAAGCUUCUGAUGCUACACCUACGAUUAUUGCCAAACCCAGAAACUUGGCACCCAAGAUUGACCGCACAAACCUCAUUGAAGUUCGAAUUAAGGCUGGACAGAACUUUGGAUUUGAUGUCAAAGUAUCUGGAGAGCCUCCUCCAACAACUAAAUGGCAACUUCGUGGCAAGGAAAUUAAGUCAUCUGAUCGUAUAAAAGUUCAACACGCUGACUACAAUACAAAAUUAAAUGUUCGAAUGGCCACUCGAGCAGAAUCUGGAAAAUACACAAUUACUGCUGAAAAUAUUAAUGGCAAAGAUGUGGCAGAGGUGGAUGUAAUCGUAUUAGAUAAACCUAGUCCACCUGGAGGUCCUUUGAAAGUAUCAGAUGUACAUGCAGAAGGUGCCAAACUCAGCUGGAAUCCUCCUGCUGAUGAUGGAGGUCAACCCAUUGAGAAAUACGUUGUUGAGAAAAUGGAUGAAGCAACAGGUCGUUGGGUCCCUGCUGGAGAGACCACUGGCCCAGUAACUAAUUUAGAAGUAGAUGGAUUAAUUCCUGGACACAAGUACAAGUUCAGAGUGCGUGCAGUUAAUAAACAAGGAAAAUCUGAUCCUCUGCAUACUGCACAAGCCAUAGAAGCCAAAAAUCCAUUUGAUGAACCCAGCAAACCUGGUACUCCUGAAAUCAGAGAUUAUGACAAGGACUUUGUUGAAUUACAAUGGACUAGGCCUGAAUCCGAUGGAGGAUCUCCAAUUAUUGGCUACAUCAUUGAAAAGAAAGACAAAUUUAGUCCUUCGUGGGAAAAGUGUGCAGAUGUGGAAGGAGAUGUAACUACAGGAAAAGUACCAGACUUAAUUGAAGGCAACCAAUAUCAGUUCCGAGUUAGAGCUGUGAACAAAGCUGGACCUGGAGAACCAAGUGAUGCAUCCAAACAGCACACAGCUAGACCUAAGAACUUGGCACCUUACAUUGAUCGCAACGCACUUCUUGAUGUAAAGAUUCGAGCUGGUCAGAACUUUGACUUUGAUGUACCAGUUAUUGGUGAACCUCCUCCAUCAAAAGAAUGGACUCUUAAAGGAAAUACUGUCAUUAAUACUGACAGAGUAAAAGUAGUAAAUGAAGAUUAUAACACAAAACUUCGUGUUAUUGAUGCUAAAAGAAGUGACAGUGGCAAAUAUACAAUUACUGCAAAGAACAUAAAUGGAGUUGACAGUGCUACAGUAAAUGUCACUGUUCUUGAUGUUCCUUUGCCCCCUGAGGGUCCUCUUAAACCAGACAACAUCACAAAAUCAUCCUGCACACUUUAUUGGAGACCACCUAAGGAUGAUGGUGGUUCUGAGAUUAUCCAUUAUGCUGUAGAAAAGCUUGACACAGAGAAUAUGCGUUGGGUGCCUGUAGCAGAAGUUACUGGCACAUCUGUCAGAGUUGAUCAUCUAAUUGAAGGCCAUGAUUAUAACUUCCGAGUUCGUGCUGUUAACAAACAAGGCGAGUCCUUGCCUCUGACUGGCCAGCAACCAAUAACAGCGAAAGAUCCAUACAGUAAACCUGAUAAACCUGGCACUCCAGUUCCUGUUGAUUGGGAUAAGGACCAUGUUGAUUUAGAAUGGACUGCACCCAAGAAAGAUGGUGGUUCUCCAAUUACUGGAUACAUUAUUGAGAAGAGAACUAAAUUUGGACCUUGGGAGAAAGCAGCAGAAAUCCGUGGUAACCAAACCAAAGGAACAGCACCAAAUCUGACUGAAGGAGAGGAAUAUGAAUUUAGAGUAAUUGCUGUGAAUAAAGGAGGUCCAGGCGAGCCUAGUGAGCCAUCUGCUUCAGUAAUAGCGAAACCAAGAUUCCAGGCACCAACCUUUGAUAAGUCAUUGUUGCAAGAUCUGGUUGUGCGUGCUGGCCAGAAAAUCAACUACACUAUCCCCAUUGAGGCUUCUCCUAAACCAACUGCUAAGUGGACUGUCAAUAAUAAACCUGUUGAACCUGGGACACGAGCUGAUAUUCAUACCACACAAAAUCAGACUGUAUUUGAAAUUCUUUUCUCUGUGCGAUCAGAUACAGGCCGAUACACACUUACAUUGGAAAACAAAUUUGGCCAAUGUUCAGCUUCAGCAAAUGUGACAGUUUUGGAUCGACCUGGCCCACCAGAGGGACCACUUAUUGUAAGUAAUGUUACCAAAGAGAGUGCUCGUCUGACAUGGAAACCACCAUUGGAUGAUGGAGGCUGUCCCAUUUUGCAUUAUGUGGUGGAAAAAAUGGAUGUUUCUCGUGGAACCUGGGCUGAUGCUGGCAUGUCUACUUCACUUUCUCAUGAAGUGACAAGAUUGGUCCAUCGCAAAGAAUAUCUUUUCAGAGUUAAGGCUGUUAAUACAGUUGGAGAAUCAGAUGCCUUGGAAACCACCAAGAGCAUUAUUGCUAAGAAUGAAUUUGAUGAACCAGAUGCACCUGGUAAACCAGCUGUUACUGACUGGGACAAAGAUCAUGUUGACCUUGAAUGGAUUCCUCCUAAAAAUGAUGGUGGGUCUCCAGUAACUGGAUACAUUAUUCAAAAGAAGGAGAAAGGCAGUCCUUACUGGGUUAAUGCUGUGCACGUUCCAGCCAAUCAAACCAAUGCAACCGUGCCUGAUUUAACUGAAGGACAAGAGUAUGAGUUCAGGGUUAUUGCUACGAAUGCUGCUGGACAAAGUGAGCCAAGUGAACCAUCAGAUACUGUUACUGCCAAGGCAAGAUAUUUGGCUCCGAAAAUCAAGACUCCUCUUAAUGAUGUUCGUCUCAAAGCUGGUUCUAUUUUCCAUGUUGAUAUUGAUUUCAUUGGAGAACCUGCCCCAGAAGUAACAUGGUCUGUAGAUAGUAAACCUCUGAAGACUGAUGACAGAACUACAAUUACAUCUAUUGGACACCACACUAUAGUUCAUACAGUGAACACAAAGCGUUCUGAUAGUGGAUUGUACCAUCUUUUGCUUCGUAACAGUUCUGGCAUGGAUGAAGGAUCGUUCCAAUUGAUUGUACUGGAUCGUCCUUCACCACCAGAAGCUCCAUUAGAAUAUGAAGAAAUCACAUCAUCAAGUGUUACUUUAUCAUGGAAACCACCUAAAGACAAUGGGGGUAGUGAAAUUACUGGCUAUGUAAUUGAGAAGCGUGACUUGACACAUGGUGGAGGCUGGGUUCCUGCAGUUAAUUAUGUCAAUCCAAAGUAUAACCAUGCUACUGUGCCACGUCUCCUUGAAGGAACAAAAUAUGAGUUCAGAGUAUCAGCUGAAAAUCUGCAAGGUCGUUCAGAUCCUCUUAACACCAGUAAACCAGUUGUGGCCAAGAACCAGUUUGAUGUACCUGGAAGACCAGGAAAGCCGGAAGCAACUGAGUCUGAUAAAGAUCACAUUAAGAUCAAAUGGACUCCACCAAUUAGUAAUGGUGGCUCUCCGAUUUUGGGUUAUGAUGUUGAACGACGCGAUCGAAUGACUGGACGUUGGGUAAAACUCAACAAGGAGCCAACAAAGCACCUUGAAUUCUAUGAUGACCAUGUUCAGGAAGGUCGUCAAUAUGAGUAUCGUGUUACAGCUAUUAAUGCUGCAGGUCAUGGAAAACCUAGUGACACAUCUGCAUUGAUUACUGCUAAGCCAAUGAAAGAAAAACCCAAAUUGUACUUGGAUGGACUUAUUGGAAAGAAAAUCAAAGUUCGUGCUGGUGAACCAAUCAAUAUUCAAAUUCCUCUGUCUGGAGCACCUAUUCCAACAAUUGACUGGACAAAGAAUACAACAAGAUUACCAGAGUCCAAUAGGAUUUCAAUGAACACUACAAGCGACAGCACUCAACUUCGAAUUGAGGCUUCAACACGAAAAGAUUCAGGCAAAUACACUAUUACAGCCAAGAAUGACUAUGGUAGAGAUUCAGCAGACAUAGAAGUAAUUGUAGUUGACAAACCUGGAGCACCCAAAGGACCAUUGCAGUACACAGCAACAACCCAAGAUAGUGUGUCCUUGGCUUGGAAUCCUCCAAGUGAUGAUGGUGGUGGUGAUAUUCAAGGUUAUGUUAUCGAAAUGGCUGAAUACGGUUCAGAUAACUGGAAGCAGGUCCCAGGAUUCUGUCCAAAACCAUCAUUCACUGUGAAAGGUCUCACUGAAGGAAAACGUUAUGUAUUCCGAGUAAGAGCAGAAAAUAUUUAUGGUUUGUCUGAGCCACUGGAAGGAAAACCUGUUGUUGCAAAGAGUCCAUUUGACCCACCAGAUGCUCCUGGUCAACCAGAAAUUACAGCUUAUAGUCCUAAUAAUUGUAGUCUUACUUGGACACCUCCAACAAGCACAGGAGGAAAGCCCAUUACAGGCUACUAUGUGGAAAAGAGAGAAAGAGGUGGAGAAUGGAUCAAAGUUAAUAACUAUCCUACACCUAACACCAGCUUCACUGUACAAGAUUUAAGAGAAGGUAAUCGUUAUGAAUUCAGAGCCAUUGCCAUAAAUGAAGCUGGACCAGGAAAGCCAAGUAAACCAUCAGACUCCAUUGUAGCUGAGCACCAAAGACUGAGGCCAGAUGCUCCAGAGCCACCUAAACCAGAUCGCAUUACAAAAGACAGUGUUACUUUAUCUUGGCGGCCACCUCGUAGUGAUGGAGGAGCCAAAAUCAGAGGCUAUAUUAUUCAAAAGAAGGCAAAGGGAGAUGCUGACUGGAGUGAUGUUAACUCAUCUCCAAUUCCUGUCACAGUUUUCACGGUUCCCAGUUUGAAAGAAGGAGAAGAGUAUCAAUUCCGGGUAAUUGCUGUUAAUGAUGUUGGCCAGUCUGAUCCCAGUCGUCCAAGUGGUAAUGUCCUUAUUGAAGAACAACCCAACAAGCCUUGCAUGGACCUUGGAGCUCUUCGUGACAUUACUGUACGGGCAGGAGAAGAUUUCUCCAUUCAUGUUCCAUUUGUUGCAUUCCCUAAGCCAACUGCAAGCUGGUUUAGCAAUGAUUCUAUUCUUGAUGACAGUGAUAGUCGCAUCUUCCAACAGCUUGCUGAUGACUUUGCCAGUUUAGUUGUGAAAAAUUCCAAGAGAUCUGAUACUGGUCAAUAUAGAUUACAACUGCGAAAUCAGUCUGGUUAUGACACUGCUACUGUGAACGUCCGAGUAUUAGAUAGGCCUGGUCCACCAGAAAACCUCAGAGCUGAUGAAUUUGCUGGAGAUGCCCUCACAUUAUUCUGGAAUCCACCAAAGGAUAAUGGUGGUGCAGAUAUUACCAACUAUAUUGUGGAAAAGAAAGAACCUCGUUCAUCUACAUGGGCAAAGGUGAGCAGCUAUAUAACAACACCCUUCUGUCGUAUUCGCAAUUUGACAAUUGGCCGAGAAUAUGAAUUCCGUGUGAUGGCAGAAAAUCAGUAUGGUACCUCAGAUCCUGCCACAAUUGGUGAUCCUGUAAGAGCUCGACAUCCAUUUGAUCCUCCUGGUCCUCCGGGAGCUCCACGUGGAAUUGAUUCAAGUGAAGAUUCUAUUACAAUUGCUUGGACAAAGCCUAGGCAUGAUGGAGGUUCUCCUAUUACUGGCUAUGUCAUUGAAAAACGUCUUAUUAGUGAGGAUAAAUGGACAAAAGCCAAUCAUGUUCAUGUUGUGGAUCUGAGUUAUAAGGUCAGCAGUUUGAUUGAGAAUCAUGAAUAUGAAUUCCGUGUUGCGGCUAUCAAUGCUGCUGGCCAGGGACCUUGGAGUUCAUCUUCUGAUACAAUUGUAUGCAGACCUCCACCUAGUGCACCUAAGAUUACCAGUGAUCUCAGUAUUCGAGAUAUGACUGUUAUUGCUGGGGAAGAGUUUACUAUUACUGUUCCCUACACUGGUAAUCCUAUUCCAAAACCAACAUGGACCAUCAAUGGAGAAGAAGUAUUUACUAGUGAUAGAAUUAAAUUUGAUACCACAGCCAAUGCUACUAUCUUCUACAACAAGUGUGCUAAGAGAAGUGAUAUGGGCAAUUACACCAUUCAGCUUGUCAACAGUGAAGGAUCUGAUACGGCAUCAUGCAAAGUGUUGGUUGUUGAUAAACCUUUGCCUCCACAAGGACCUUUGGAUGUGUCUGAUAUUACGCCUGAGACAUGCUCACUUAGUUGGAAACCACCACUUGAUGAUGGUGGUGCUCCAAUCACUAACUAUGUGGUGGAAAAACUGGAUCCUUCAACUGGGUUAUGGUCAAAGGUGAGCAGUUUUGUACGAAGCUGUCACUAUGAUGUCAUUGGACUGGAACCAAACAAGAAAUACAGCUUCCGUGUCAGAGCUGAAAACCAGUAUGGAGUCAGUGAUCCUCUGGAAACAGACCAACCCAUCACAGCUAAAUUUGCUUUCACUGUACCUGAUCCACCUGGUCAACCACGCAUCAUUGAUUGGGAUAGUGGCAAUGUAACUCUCACUUGGGAUAGACCUCACAGUGAUGGAGGUUCCAGAAUACAAGGAUAUAAGAUUGAGUACAGAGAUGUAGCUGAAGAUCAACAGUGGCGUGUAGCCAAUGACUAUCUGGUAAAAGACACAACAUAUCAAGUUCAUAGUUUACUGAGUGGCCGAGAUUAUGAAUUCAGAAUUCGUGCCAAAAAUGCUGCUGGGUUCAGUAAACCAUCUCCUCCUUCAUCACGAUUUAAACUGAAGGGUAAAUUCAGUGUACCAUCUCCACCAGGUAUUCCUAAAGUUGUUAAAGUAGGAAAGAGCUAUGUGGACUUGACUUGGGAACCACCAGCUUCUGAUGGUGGUAGCCGCAUCACUGGCUAUAUCAUUGAAAAGAGAGAAGUUGGGGGAGCACCAUGGGCCAAGUGCAAUGAGUACAAUGUACUGGAUUGCAGUUACACAGUUCUCAAUCUCAUUGAGAGAGCAGAUUAUGAAUUCCGAAUCUUUGCUGUCAACGCUGCUGGCAAAAGUGAACCUAGUUCAUGUACUACUCCAGUCAAGAUCUGUGAAAUUGAAGGAGGAGAAAAACCUGAAUUUAUACGCACUCUUAAUAAUCAAUGUGUCCCAUUGGGAACAUCAGUUACAUUGGAAUGUGAGGCACAGGGUAAACCUGCUCCUACUGCUCGUUGGCUGAAGAAUGGCAGAGAAAUUAUGCUUGGUGACAGAUUCCGAGCUGAAUCUAAAGGAGGGGUCUUCAGACUUAUUAUUUCUGGAGUUUCUGAUGUGGAUGAUGGAGAUUAUACUUGUGAAGCCAAUAAUAUUCUUGGAUAUGUCACAACUACAGCUAGAGUGAAAAUAGGAGCUCCUCCAAGAAUUGAAAGAUUGCCGGGUGAUUUGUAUUUGCCUGAGGGUGACAAUACAAAGAUCAAGAUUUAUUACUCAGGGGACCAACCAAUGGAAGUAACAUUAAGUAAAGAUGGAAGGAAAAUUGAAGAAACGACUCAUAUUAAAUAUACAGUAUUUGAUGAGUACCUUAUCAUAUUUAUCAAAGAAAUCAAUAAAUCUGAUGCCGGAACAUAUACAUUAAAUUGUAAGAAUGAUAGUGGAAGUGUUUCUGGAUCAUUUACUGUAUAUAUUACAGGAUUACCUGGUGCACCUAUUGGGCCCUUGGAAGUUUCAGAUAUUACCAAGCAUACUUGUACUCUAAAUUGGAAGCCACCUUCCUAUGAUGGCGGUCUUCGUAUUACUCAUUAUGUUGUUGAAAGGAGAGAUAUAAGCUCAUCUCAUUGGAUUAUUGUUUCAAGCUUCUGCAAAGAAACCACUUUUACCGUUCAGGGAUUAACAGAAGGACAAGAAUAUCUCUUCCGUGUGAUGGCGGUCAAUGAGAAUGGAAUGGGUCCACCCCUUGAAGGAACUAACCCAAUUAAGGCCAAAGCACCCUUCGAUCCACCAUCAGCACCUGGAACUCCCAAAGUCACUGAAGUUGGUGGUGACUUUGUCAAUCUGUCUUGGGAUAAACCAGAAUCAGACGGAGGGUCACGUAUUCAGGGAUACUGGAUAGAUAAGCGUGAGGUGGGUAGUGAGGCAUGGCAACGAGUCAAUGUUGCUAUAUGCCUUGCUCCACAAAUAAAUAUAUCAAAUCUGAUUGAGGGUCGCCAAUAUGAGUUCCGUGUAUUUGCUCAAAACGUGGCUGGACUUAGUCCUGCAUCCUCAGCAUCCACUUCUGUGAAGAUAAAGGAUCCUUUAGCUGCUCAGCCUCCGGAGAUUGUGAAACCCUUGCGAAAUAUCAAUGCAAUCCAGAACAGAAAUGCCGAGUUCCAGUGCACAAUUACUGGCAACCCCAAGCCCACAAUUACAUGGUACAAAGGUGCACGAGAACUUACUCAAGGCUCUAAGUAUCACAUGCUUACAGAAGGAGAAACAUAUUCACUUGUGGUUAAUGAUGUUUAUGGAGAAGAUGCUGAUGAGUAUGUGUGUAGAGCGAGUAACAAAGGUGGAAUUAAAUCUACCAGAGCAGAAUUGAUAAUCAUGACUGCUCCAAAACUGAAUGUACCUCCACGUUUCCGUGACACUGCUUUCUUUGAUAAGGGUGAGAAUGUAGUAAUAAAAAUUCCUUUCACUGGUCAUCCCAGACCAAGAAUGUCUUGGACCAAAGAUGGUGAAACAAUCGAAUCUGGUGGACAUUUUGCGGUUGAAGUCAAGGAGAGGCACGCAAUCCUCACAAUUCGUGAUGGUAGUAAACUUGACAGUGGACCUUACAGACUUGUUGCAGAAAAUGACUUGGGAAUGGAUUCUGCCACAAUAUCAAUUCAAAUUAGUGAUCGACCUGAUCCACCAAGAUUUGUUUCUGUGGAGAGCGUUGGACAUGACUCCUUGGCUCUCACAUGGAAACCACCCUCAUGGGAUGGUGGCAGUAGUAUCACUAAUUAUUUGGUAGAAAAACGUGAGCACCCAAUGACAAGUUGGAUUCGGGUUGGUAAUACACGAUUCACAACGAUGGCAGUAACUGGAUUAAGUCCUGGCCACCAAUAUGAAUUCAGAGUUUAUGCUGAAAAUGUGUAUGGUAGAAGUGAUCCAAGUGAUGUAACUUCCCUUGUUCAAAUGAAAGAUACUGGUAAGAAGGUUGUCAAGAGAAAACAAUAUGAAGUAUUUGACAUAUAUUCCAAAUAUGUGCCUCAACCAGUUGAAAUUAAGACGAGCAGUGUGUAUGAUCAUUAUGAUAUAUUAGAAGAAAUUGGAACUGGAGCAUUUGGUGUUGUUCAUCGAUGCAGAGAGAGAAAGACUGGAAACAUAUUUGCUGCUAAAUUUAUUCCUGUAUCACAUGCAAUGGAGAAAGAAUUAAUAAAGAAGGAAAUUGAUAUAAUGAACCAACUUCAUCAUCCUAAACUUAUUAAUUUACAUGAUGCAUUUGAAGAUGAUGAUGAAAUGGUUCUUAUAUUUGAAUUUUUGUCUGGAGGAGAGCUAUUUGAGCGUAUCACAGCUGAAGGGUAUUCAAUGUCUGAAGCUGAAGUCAUCAACUACAUGAGACAGAUUUGUGAAGGAGUGAAGCACAUGCACGAGAAAAACAUCAUUCAUUUAGAUAUCAAGCCUGAGAAUAUCAUGUGCCAGACAAGAAGCAGCACAAAUGUGAAGCUUAUUGACUUUGGAUUGGCAACUAAACUUGAUCCUAAUGAAGUUGUGAAAAUCUCCACUGGAACAGCUGAAUUUGCUGCCCCUGAAAUUGUUGAGAGAGAACCUGUUGGUUUUUACACAGAUAUGUGGGCUGUUGGUGUGCUAGCCUAUGUGCUAUUGAGCGGCUUAUCACCAUUUGCUGGAGACAAUGAUAUUGAAACUCUGAAGAAUGUGAAAGCAUGUGAUUGGGACUUUGAUGAAGAAGCUUUUGCUAAUGUUUCUGAGGAAGGAAAAGACUUCAUCAGGAGGCUACUGGUCAAGAACAAGGAGAAGAGGAUGACAGCUCAUGAAUGCCUGUUGCAUGCAUGGUUGACAGGAGAUCAUAGCAAUCGCACUGAUGUUAUUAGUAGCUCUCGCUACACUAACAUUCGGGACAAGAUCAGAGCCAAAUAUACAGAUUGGGAAUCAUUCAUUCUUCCUAUUGGCAGACUGGCUGAAUACAGUUCCCUGCGUAAAUUACUGGUUGACAAGUAUCGCAUUCAUGAUACUUCAUUUGAUCGUAGGCAAGCAGCUCCUCGAUUUGUUAUUAAACCACAAAGUGCAUUUGCAUAUGAAGGACAGAGUGCUAAAUUCUAUUGCAGAGUAAUUGCAAUUGCUACUCCCACUCUUACAUGGUAUCAUAAUAAUGCUGAGCUACGACAGAGUGUUAAGUUCAUGAAACGUUAUGCCGGGGACGACUACACAUUUAUUAUUAACAGAGUAAGAGUAGAAGACAGAGGAGAAUAUAUUAUUCGUGCUGAGAACCAUUAUGGCUACAGAGAAGAAGUUGUCUUCUUGAAUGUACAACCUCUGCCAAAGGAAGUCCCACAAUAUAGACCUGAAGUUCAGCCAGUUAGACGCCGUGAACCAUUGGCUUACACCAUGUGGCAGGAGGAAAAAGAAAGUGCUCCAUGCUUCACAUUCCUGUUGCGACCUCGUGUCAUGCAAUAUAGACAGACAUGUAAAUUGCUUUGCUGUCUUAGUGGAAAACCUGUUCCCACAGUCAAAUGGUAUAAGGACAAGAGAGAAUUGAGCAAGUAUGAAUAUACAAUGACACAUGCUGAUGGAGUUGUUACAAUGGAGAUUGUCGACUGCAAACCAGAGGAUUCUGGAAAAUAUAGAUGUGUUGCUACAAAUGUCCAUGGAACAGAUGAAACAAGCUGUGUAGUAAUUGUUGAAGAUCGCAGGUAUAUAGAACAACCUAGUCGGCCAGCUCCUCAACAAGUGACUGUGAGGACUGCCCAGACCUCUUCCAGUACCAGCAGUGCAAGACAAAGUUCUUCAAGUGCAACUAACUACAAGUCUGCAGCCACAAUUGCGGUUAGUAGCUCUGAAAGUUCAUCAGCCACUUCAGACAAACGAAGUAUAAAAAAGUAUGGUAGCAAACUGGAUGCCACAGGAUCACCAUCCCGGUCACGGAGUGCUACCAAGGAAUUGAUUUUACCACCUGAUGACUCGCUUAUGUGUGCACCUGAAUUUACUGCAAAAUUGGCUGACCUUACCGUCAAUGAUGGCGAGUCACUUUUACUGAAUUGCUCAGUGACUGGAGACCCUGAACCACAAGUGACAUGGUCUAAGAACGGACAGCCCUUGAGUUCAUCUGAUAUAGUGGAUCUCAAAUACAAAGGUGGAGUAGCUUCUCUGUCAAUCAAUGAAGUGUUCCCAGAAGAUGAGGGCGAAUACUGUUGUGAAGCAACUAAUUCAAUAGGUGCAGUAAAGACAAAAUGCAAGCUUACUGUGAAACCAAUGGACUCUGCAGUCCGUGGCAGCAAAUCCAAAGGUGGAGACAAACCACCCAAAAUUGUAAGUCACCUGCAGUCUGCAUUUGUAAAAGAUGGUGAACCAGUUACUUUGUCUUGCCGAAUCAUAGGUGCUGAAAAAUUUGACGUUGUAUGGCUUCAUAAUAAUAAGGAAAUAAAACCAAGCAAAGACUUUGAAUAUACUAAUGAAGCAAACAUUUACAAGUUGAACAUUGCUGAAAUUUUCCCUGAAGAUUCUGGCACAUACACUUGUGAAGCGUUUAAUGAUGCAGGCGAGUCAUUCAGUAGCUGCACACUCAAUGUCCUCGUACCAAAUGAAGAGCCCAAAAGCCCAGUGUUCAAAACAUUCCCGCAGUCUGCCACCGUUCAAGAAGGAGAGGGUGUGAAGUUUGAAUGUGAAACAGAGAAGGCACCACAGAAAGUUACCUGGCUGAAGGAUGGCAAACCUGUGGACGAAGAAAGUUCCAAGUACCAGUUUGUCCAGGAUGGUAAAAAGAAGUUUAAGUUUGAAAUUCUUAAUUGCACAACAAGUGAUGUAGGUCAGUAUACAGCUAAGGCAUUAGGUAAGAAAGGUGAGACAAUGGCAGCAUUUGCACUCAACGUAUGUCCUGUUGGAGAACUUUGAAGCAACGUGCACCUCUCAUUGAAAAAAGUUUAUGAAAUAUGAAUUUCCACGUGAUAUCAUCGAAUCUAAAUAGAAACGAAACGAGCGAAUUCUUCAGACGUUUGUCUGGAUUUUUAUGUUGAAAAUUGUUGUAAUGUAUUGUAUAAAUAUUGUACCAUUUUACUUCCUCAGAUACUACUCGCACUUAAGUUAGUUUUAGUUCUGUAAUUGAGAAUGUGUUGUGGACUUCAAAACGAAAUCCAACUAACAAGUACCUGAAUUUAUAAAUGCCAGCAUCGUUAACAUCUUCGAAUGAAUAUUCAUACAUGGUAGUUGGAUUUCAUUUAAUGGGAAGAAAGGUGAUAAUGCUAUGCAAAAAUAUUUAUUACAAAUUGGCUCUUUUUAUUCACACAACUGCUUUUGACAUUUCUCAAUUAAGCAGGAUAGUUGUACAAUUUUAUUUCAAAAGUUAUAGUAUUUUUUUUAAAUGUAUCACUUUCAUAUUACGAAGGGGGCAUUUAUUGGCUACAACUCUUCAAUUGUCAGUUGUUUACAUAAUUUCAAUGGAAAACUGCCUGUUCUUGUUAUGUAUUUUGUAAUGUAAACAUAAAAUAAUGGGAAAAUCAAUUGCUAACAGCCAAAAUGGUUAUAUAUAUAUUUACAAACUUCAGGACAAUUGUAAAAAAAAUUAUAACUUUCUAUGGUCUCAUUAUGGGCAAAAUAAAAAUUACGAAUUUAUUAUUGUAUUUCUAAAUUGCACUUUACUUACACAAUUGAACCAUUCAUUUCCCCAAAAUAAUUUAAAAAACAAAGCAUGCACAUAAUGGUUUGCUAAAAAAAGGAACAAGUUUAAACACAAAACAUCCAGAAGGAUACUAAUUGCUAAACAUCCAGAAAAAAAAUUUGGCUAAGAUAAGACCCAAAUUUUAUUUGUAACACUGAUAAAUUUAUCAAGCAAUACAACAAUUUAAAUUUCAAUAUAGAAAAACAAAACUUUCAUUACACCCUAAGAAAAACAUUUUAUUGCUUAUAUUUGUUACAGUUACUGACAAUUCAUCCUCCCGUGUGAAUUUCCAAUUUCCAUCUCAUCUUCCAGGAAUUAAUAUACAGUAGUUGGAAGCGUAAUAACAGGCCAAGUCCCGUGCAAUUCAUUUUCCUUCUUAGGAAUAGCUGGUCUUCCAUGGUUCAUUCCAGCACCCAAAAUGUAUUUUCUCAGCCCACAAACAACAUAAAUCUUAAACAGAAUACACUUGCGUGAAAAACAAAAAUUACAAGUGUAGCACACCCACACUUAAUUUAAUGUUUUGGCUGUUCACGAUUGAUAUUACAGCCCAAACAUCAAAAUCCAUAAAUAUUUUGGUUAAAUUUUGUGUACAACCAUAAUUCUAUUAGUACACAAGCUACUAACGAAGUUCUGGGAAGGUAGAUGGAAAAUUUGUCCCGUUGGAGGAAUCGCAGGUGAAGGAAUAAUUAAAAAAAAACAAACAUUAACCUAUAUUCUAUUAUUGUUGACUUUAUUUCGAUUAAUGUAUCACAAGAGAUCAUUGACAAAUAUACAAAAACAAAAGUUUUCGUGGUUGAACUUCGCGAUAUAUACUUACUCCAAUGGCAAAUAAACAAUAAAAUCAACUAAACGAGAUCCAACACUUAUCACAUCACUAUUCACUAACACGCGGAAUUCACAUUUGCACAUCACUGUUCUACACACAUUUCAUCUUCUACACACUAAUCACAACACAAAAUACUUUAAUAUUCGGUUUGUGUACGAUACACGCCCGUUCACGGCGUCCCGACGGCAUCACAUCCUGAUAUCAUCUUCACUGAUCUUCAUA